GGCUGACUUUGUUGAUUUUUCAGAAAAAAGACUGACUUUCUUGAGUGGGCCUAGUCUUAUGCUGGCGCCAUGGAAGGCGCGAGAAGGACCGAGGGAGCGGUUACGAGAUGAAGACGGGUAUCGUAUUCGUGCUGCGGGUGUCUGUGUAAACGGACGCGGCAAAGAUGCAAUGGUCCUUUUGGUUAGUGGUGGAAAAGAAGGCGGCAAAUGGGUGAUUCCUGGUGGUGGGGUCGAACAGAACGAAUGCGCUGAGGAAGCCGCUAGACGUGAACUAGAAGAAGAAGCAGGAGUUAAAGCGCGAGCAGUGGAAGUCAUUGGGCUUUUCCAGGAUGAUGAUCGAAAACAUCGCACAACUGUGUUUUUAAUGGAAGUCGAGGAAGAGCUAAGUGUCUGGGAAGAAGGAGAACAUGGUCGACGACGUAUUUGGCUUCCAUUAAACGUUGGCGCUGAAGUCGUGAAACUAGCUCAUCGCCCAAUACUGAACGCUGUAUUGGCGCGAUAGUAGGUGUAGAUUGAACAUAUCCAGCUUGUAAUUCAUCAAGAUCUUCACAGACCCGUCUCCAACAGUUUCCAAAAAAAGAGAAGUGGAUGUUGCGUGACUGUCUGUUCACGUUGUGCUUUCCAUCAUUGACUUGACCGCUGUAAUUUAUGCCAGCGUCUAUUUUUAUUUUUCACUUACCAGAGCUUCCUUGGUCCUUCUGGAAACGCUAGCUAUGGGAGAUCAUCAGCAAAAUAACUCAAGAAACUUGUUUGAGAAUUGGCUAAGAAUUUUUCCGAAAUUUGAUAUAUUCUCCCGUAGCUCAGCUUUGUAAUCUCGUACAUCGAACACUCUCUAUACUGAUGUAUUUUUUGCAUGUCGGCUUUCAAUAUAAUCAAUUUUUGACUAUAUCUUUGUUUUUUAUGGAUGAAAAGAGAAACAUAAAAUCACUGGAAACCGACAUUUUUCUAUAAUGUACGAGAUUGAGUGCUGGCUAUCUGAACUUCUUAAAUUCUCUUUUUUCUCAAUCCAAUUUUUUUGCAUAUCACAACGGAGCUAAGCCUUCCUCCUAAUGUCGUAAUGUCACCCCGAUAUACUUGCAGCUUUCAAUCCUCGGCGCUACGCGCAACAUGUUUGUAAUAUACAUAUUUAUUUAUAAUUUAAGAUUAUUUAUCGUAUCGAGUAAUGCUGAUCAUUGUCAAUGAGAAUUUAUUCUAAAGCUGUAACGCGUAGAAGACGGUUCAGCGCUUAUGUGUCUAUGUGAGCAAGUGAACAGAGUGAAGUGCAUCCGAAUCAUCUGUCGGGUCAUAUAUCUCAUCUGAAUAGAUAAAUAUUUCCUUAAAA